AUGGAAUUCGGUGCCGAUCUAAUUGAUGAUCGUGUAUGGCUUGGAAGUCUUGCUGCAAUGGAAAAUACGAUUGCACUUGACAGUCUUCAUAUCACACAUAUUUUAAGUUUAAUUAACUCAGAACUACCAAUCAAUGAGAAUGACAAUAUCAUACGUAAACAUAUUCGUGUUGAAGAUGAUGAAACAACAGAUUUGUUAACUGAAUUUGAUUCAUGUUACGAUUUUAUAGACAAAGCUUUAUCAGAAAAUUCAACUAAUAAUGUACUCAUACAUUGUCUUGCUGGUGUAUCUCGUAGUGCUACAAUUGCAUGUAUGUGGUUAAUGCGUCGACAUAAAUUAUCAGCUAAUGAUGCAUUAAAACGACUAAAACUUGCACGUUCUAGUAUUCAUCCAAAUAUGAGUUUUGCAGCUCAAUUGUAUUUAUUCGAACAAAUGAACAAUCAAUUCGAUGUUAAUCAUGGAUUGUAUAAAGAAUUUCAUUUCGAACGUGCUCGUGCUCUUUAUAUUGAUCAUGAUACAGAUAUUGAAGGAAUUGAUAAAAAAAACGAACUUCGUCAACAAUUUCGUAAAGCAUUUACUCUACCGUAUGGUCAUGCUACAUGUACUGAAACAGAAACAUAUAUGUGUCGUCAAUGUCAAAAUGAAUUAUUUACUAAUGCUGAUUUGUCACGACAUUCAGAAGGUGUUGGACUAUACAAUUGGUUUAUGAAAUAUGGUAAUGAAAAACUAUUCAAAUUAUUAUCUGAAGUAGAAUGUCAUCGAGAAGUGUUUACUCAUUGUCUCAAAUGGUUGAUGAUUCAAAUAGAUACACCUGAAAAUUCUCAUAGUGAUUCUAUUAAAUGCCCGAAAUGUUCCGUAAUUAUAGGAAAUUAUAAUCUAAAUGGUACAAAAUGUUCAUGUGGCAGAUGGGUUAUGCCAGCAUUUCAUUUCGAUAUCGAUAAAAUCGAACAAAAAACAGUUACUAAGAUUAAUAUUGAAACAAAAAGUGUGUCAUCAUCAUAA